CAAAACCCUAAUUUUAGGUUCCGAGGUUGCGCUCUGGUUUCACAUAGCACUUCAAAGUAGCCGCCGGGAACGAAAGCAGCAAAUCUAAAUUCGCCAUGGGAAAAGUCCACGGAUCUUUGGCUCGUGCCGGAAAGGUCAGAGGGCAGACGCCGAAGGUGGCGAAGCAGGACAAGAAGAAGAAGCCGCGUGGACGCGCUCACAAGCGUAUGCAGUACAACCGCCGAUUCGUCACCGCCGUUGUUGGUUUCGGGAAGAAGAGGGGACCCAACUCGUCUGAGAAGUAGAGGUAGAAGUUGAAGAAUGGUUCGGACAGGACAUUUGAUGAAUAUGUACUUUUCAGACACUUUGGUUUAAGCUUUGAUCGUUUUGCUCUGAACCAUGAUCUUUUUUUACUUGAUGCUAUGAAAAUACAAUUUUUGAUUUGCGCGA